UUUUCCUGUAACUAGGCGCGGAAUACCUCAGGAAUUUACAGAAGAAAUUACAGUCUAUAUUAAAUUAAAUUAAAUCAUGGAGAAUAAGGAGAUGGACCUCGAUAAUAUAAAAUCGAACCUCCUUGCUUUGAGGCAAUUGUAUGGUCUUUUGAGAAAUGACAGAGAUGGUCUUUCAAAGUUGACCUCUGAUGGUUUGGAUUAUGAAGCACGAGUCAUGUUAAAGAAUUUACUCGAUACUACAACCAAUGAUGUUCUUAAGGCUCAUUCCGAGAUCAUAGCACGUCAGGCGUGUGUGCACAGCUUACCUCAGCCUCUGUACUUGGUUGACACAGCGAAGCAACGGUCCCUUGCUUUAUCAGACCUAUCAAAAACUUCAGCUGUUAUUCAAAGUCGUGGAGAAGAGCCGGUUGUCAUGGAUUCUACUUUUCCAAAAGAGAAGCAGGAAUGUAUCAUGCCGAUUACUCAGACAGCUUACGCACAGCCUCCACAAUUUAGCUUCAGUGCAAGUGAAUCUGGAAAUAAAAGGAAAUUUUGCAGAAUUUGCAAGCGCCCCAAAUUUGAAAAGCCGUUUAUUCCUUGUAUAAAGAUCGAAUCUUCUGAAAAAGAAGCUCCACAUUCUACAAAGGUUGUGGCGUUGCAAGAACAGCAGAAUAGUCUUUUCGCUAAUUUUUCUUGGGAUACUCAACAAGAAGCAUUGCAAUCAGGAAACGCUGAAAGUGCGAAGGCGAAAACAGUGGAUGUUUCACAAUCCAUGCAUGAGUUACCUGGUGUGGUAAGAAGUGUACCCGAUGGGGACCAUGAUCUCUUCUCGACUGAAACUAAUGAUGUCAUCAAACAACUCGAAUCGCACAUUUCAGCUUUGCAAAUGGAUGACGAGAACCUGGUCUUAUCUGAUAAACAUGCAACUGAACAUAAAUUCAAACCGAUAACUGUUUUCAUGCCACAAGCAGAGUUAGCUACUCCUAUCAAGAAGAUAGAAGGAGACACUAGUUCAUUGUGUUCAGGGUAUGUUGUUCCGCCUACCAGAAUGUCAAAAUUUCCAGCAGAUCAAUUGCCCAAGCUUCUCGAGUCAAGUAGUUACCAGCCAAAUCAGUUGAGACAACAAAAGAUAGUAGCAAACACCUUCCCUUCUGAGGAACAUGAUACUUCUAAAAUGCUAGACUUAGUUGAAGAGAAUCAGUGGCAGAUACAGAAAGAACACUCAAUUAAUGUUCAGUCAAAGAAUCAAAAUGGUACUUCAGUACAAUAUCCUUAUGCUGACCAUUAUCGUUCCCAACAAGGCCAACAGAAUAUGGAAAUUGGGUCACUGCUUUGCCGGCAAUGUUGGUCAUCCCGAGCCAGAAACAAACCUUCAAAUGAGAAAACAGGUCGGCUAGGAAAAUCAAAUGCAGCAGAUAUUUUCAGAAACAACAUAGAUACUCCAGGAUUGAUUGAUUACGGGAGCAAGUUAACUUGGCCGGGGACAUAUGAGAGCAGAAUGGAUUCACCUUAUUUACAGCAGGCAAUAAUGAGGCGAUCAGUAUUGAAUCACAAGCAAGGUCAAUUUGCACCAUCCCAAAGCUCUUAUGUAGACUUGGACAAAAAUCCUAGUAAACAUCUGAAAAAUAAUAAUCACAUGAAACGACUGAGGAGGAGGCAUUUACAUGGACAUGAAUCAGAGGUUUCACGCUCAAGCUCGCCAUAUUCUUCCAGCGGGACAGAUUUGCAUCAGACAAGCACUUACAGUAGCGAGAGAGAUCAUCCCUUGCCAAGGCAGAUUCGAACCAAGAUGCAUUAUUCAGACGAAACAAGUAGCUAUGAAGGAAAUGAAUUAUAUAGUCGGAGAGACAGUAGUCAAACUGAGUACACGGUCAGCUCAAGCUGCAGUUCGACCGAGGGUUACUCGUCUCCAAUUGGUAGUGAAAGGGCUCGUGAAAUGAUUUCUGCAAGUAAAAGUGAGAGAGAGAUAUCCUCAUCAUCACUUGAUGGUUCAGGGUCUGACCAUCUCGAAGAACCCUCUUACUACUCAGCAGAUUCUUCGUCAAGGAAGUCAAGUCCUGUGCGCGUCUACAGGUCUACUAACUCAAGAAAAUCAAUGAAGACUAGUGGAAGGUGGAAGAAGUUGAAAGACAAGUUAGCGAUAGUUUUUCACCAUCAUCAUCACCACCACCAUCACCAUCACGGUAAGGAUAGUAAAGGGGAGGAGAGAAAAACAUCUUUGUUGAGGCAGAGAGGAAAAAGGUUCAAUAGCCACUAUUCUACAAGCAAGGAUGAAACAUUUGGAGAAAAGGCUUUGGAAAAGUUUGGGAAGUCAGCAAUCGCUAAACAAGCUGGUAAAAAGCAGCAGGGAGGACAGUUUCAGACCCUUGCUCAGGGACUGAUGCGACAUAUCCAGCAUUCAAAGAAGACAAAGCACAACAGCAGUAGACAAGUAGAUAAAGGACAACAUACCGAUACGAAGGUGAAUAACAAAUUCCAUUGGUGGCAACUACUACGGCAUCACAGAGGUAUGAAUAAAUCACCUGCAAUGCUAGGAGCUGGCAAUAAGAAAGGGCAUUUAAAAGCUUUUUCCAAGAUGAAAUGAGGCACCUGAAAUUGCACUCUGGUGAUAUUACUUGUGAAUAAGAACACAAGUUCUUGACA